AUGACCGUGAAGGGCGGCACAAGCCAGGCGUGUGCUGCGUGCAAAUACCAACGGAGGAAGUGCGCGGCCGAUUGUCCUCUCGCACCAUACUUCCCUCCUCAUGAGCCCAAGACCUUUCAGAAUGCACAUAGACUGUUUGGUGUAAGUAACAUCCUCAAAAUACUGAAGCAAUUGAACCCAAAUCAAAAGAACGACGCUAUGGGUUCCAUCAUUUUUCAAUCCAACAUGCGUGACAGAUUCCCUGUCCAUGGUUGCUAUGGUAUCAUCUGCCAACUCAGGUUCCAGAUUGAACAGGUCCAGCAAGAACUCCUUGCUGUUCAGGCUCAGCUUGCCUUCUAUCAACACCACCAUCAUCACCACCUAUCUUCUUCCUCUCCCCCACACCAUUCUCCUUCUUCACAAUUACAAUUGGGUAUGUCUACCUCUCCUCCUCCUCCUCAAUCUUCCAACAAUACUCUCUCACUCUUCCACCAUAAUCUUCAACCUUUCAAUGCUGCUAUGCCCAUUACUGGAAUCUCCCUUUCUCCCACCACCAAUGGAAACAAUGUCACUAAUAAUGGAUACAACACAGCUGUUUACAUGGAAUCCAAAGACAACUUAUUAUUGAUUCAGAAUCAGAAUCAGAAUCCUUAUAACAGUGCCCCCAACAGUACUAUCAGCAACAAUAAUUCAGCAGUGGUGGCAGCAAAUCAAUCUCCAUUCCUUGUCUCACAAGGACUUUCCAUCCUACAAGAACCAACCGAAGCUCCACGAGAUUAUGAUGAAAUUCCUCCAUUUUUUGACACCAUUGAUGACAGGCAAUCUUACAUUGAUUCCAAAGAAGCCUAUGAUUCCAGCAGUUCAGAGGAUUCAUUAAAGGGUUCCACACAACCCAUUGAGCAUGUUCAAGAGAAUGAACUGAAGAACGCAGCUGCAUGUUUCAGGUUCGCCACCAGUGUCAAUUGAUCGAAUAAUAGAGCAACCAAGUGAAGAUUGUCGAUCAGAGUGUCUCAAUCCAAUUUUAAAC